GGGGGCGGGAGCCGGCUCGGUAGCGGUGCGGGGCGCUGAGCGGCGCCGGAACGGGAACGUUCGGCUCGGCCGGGGCGGCGGGGCAUGAUCCCCGAGCCCAAGUAUGAUCGCUUUCGAGACGAGCCGCUGAGGGCCGCGGCCCGGCCACGCCAUCCUCCGGCCGCCCCGAUGCCGGCUCCGGCACCCGCGCAUCCCGGUGCGGCCCCGGGGCUGGCACAGCCGUGCCCCGCUGCGAGCGAGGAGCCGGAGGCGGGUACCACGUUCUGCAUGCUGCUGCCUCGGAUGCCCCAAUGGAAGUUCCCCGGUCCCGGUGGUUUCCUCAGCCGAAGCCCUUCGGGUUCCAGCAAGGAGCUCUCCUCGCCGGCCAAAGCGGGAGGAGCCGUGGAGUCCGGGGGGGCUACGUCCAGCCUGGCCGCCGUGCUCGGAGCCUGCGAGCCGGGUUGCUCGGCUCCGUGCUCGCUGCAGGUGAUGAGCCGGCUGCGCGGAGGGGCCGGGGCUGCCAGGAAAGCGGCGAGGGUGGAAGGAGCCCGACCGGCCGGGGAUGAGUGGAAUCGCAAGGGCAGCUUCAUCAACAAGCCGGCCCAGGGCUGGCUGCAUCCCGACGAGCGGGUGCUGGGUCCUGGCGUCUCCUACAUCGUCAGGUACAUGGGAUGCAUCGAGGUGCUGCGCUCCAUGAGAUCCCUCGACUUCAACACGCGGACACAGGUCACCAGAGAAGCCAUCAACAGACUGUACGAGGCAGUGCCGGGUGUGAAGGGCAUCUGGAAGAAAAAGGCUCCCAGCAAAGCCCUUUUCUCCAUCCUUGGGAAGAGCAACCUCCGCUUUGCAGGCAUGAGCAUCGCUGUCAACAUCUCCAUUGAUGGCCUGAACCUCAUGAUCCCUACCACGCGCCAGAUCAUCGCCAACCACCACAUGCAGUCCAUCUCCUUUGCCUCCGGUGGGGACAUGGACACCACGGACUAUGUCGCCUACGUCGCCAAGGACCCCAUCAACCAGAGAGCCUGCCACAUCCUGGAGUGCUGCGAUGGGCUGGCACAGAGCGUCAUCAACACGGUGGGACAGGCCUUUGAGCUGCGCUUCAAGCAAUACCUGCACAGCCCACCCAAGGCUGUUGUACCCCCAGACAGGGUGCUGGGGAUGGAGGAGUCAGCGUGGGGGGAGGAUGAUGAGGUGGCCGAGCACGAUUACUACAACAGCAUCCCAGGCAAGGAGCCACCCCCAGGGGGGCUGAUCGACUCCCGUCUCCAGCACAGUGCAUUCCCUGGCCGUAUACGUGUUCAGCCCUCUCACCAGGGUGGAUUAGCACUCAGACGAGAGCUGUCGAACCAACCAGGGCAGCCCUGGGACUCAGAGAACCAGGGCCAGUCCUGCGAUGGGUAUCUGCAGGCAGACGGGCACCCCCUGGUGCCACGGGACUACGAGGAGCACAUGUAUGUGAACACACAGAGCCUGGAAUCAGAUGCCACUCACGCAGCACCAGAGGAAAGCCCCAAAAAGGACCUUUUUGACAUGAGGCCUUUUGAAGAUGCCCUGAAGCUCCACAAGUGCAUUGCUGGGAGCAACGUCAGUCCCCCCAUCGAGGACCAGUGGCCGAGUCCCCCCACAAGGAAGGCUCCCAUAGCCCCCACUGAGGAGCAGUUGAGACGGGAGCCGUGGUACCACGGGAAGAUGAGCCGACGGGACGCCGAGAAGCUCCUGCAGAUGGAUGGGGACUUCCUGGUGAGGGACAGCAUCACCAACCCAGGGCAGUAUGUUCUGACAGGCAUGCACAGCGGGCAGCCCAAGCACCUACUGCUGGUGGAUCCCGAGGGAGUGGUGAGGACCAAGGAUGUGCUCUUUGAGAGCAUCAGCCACCUCAUCAGCCACCACCGGCAGAAUGAGCAGCCCAUCGUGGCCGCAGAGAGUGAGCUGCACCUCCGCCAGGUUGUCCAGAGGAAGCAGUGAUGCCAGGGGGUACGUGAGCCCCCACCCCACUCCCCUGGCACCUUAGGCAAAGCCAGGGCUCCUCUGCACUCCCCUCCUCUGUUAGUGCCUGUCUUCUGGAGACAGUCAAAGGGCCCCAGGGUCAGCAUCCCUGUCCCACACCCCAGCAGGGCCUCAUGGUCCCCAACCCUAUAGGGCUGUGCUGUCCCUCUCUUGUCCCCACACCCACACUGCCUUCUCUCCAUUGUCCACGUGGGGCCCCUUGCCCAGAAUGACACACAGAUUAUUCCAUGUGCACUGGCAAAAUGCUGCCUGGGAUGAGGGAUAUCUGGGACAAUGUGGGAAUGUGCUGGGGGUGAAGCAUCCUGUGCUGCCACUGGGGCUGUCCUGCACCCUCUGCCCUGGACACUGCUGUUCCCAUACCCAGUGCUGCUGCUGCUGCAUCCUUGCACAAGAGACAUGGAGCCAAGGGGAGGGGGCAGUGGCAGGAGCAUCAUCCCAGGGCUCAUAGGGUGGGAUAGGUUGAGCAGCGUGCAUGUGUACAUGUGUGUGUGCAUGUGCAAGUAUGUGAGGGGCUGCUGGGGCUCCAGCCCCCACCCACUGAGCUGUGCCUCUCAGCCAGCACUACUGCUCAGGACCCAACUCCUGUCUCAGUCCUCACUCCCUGCAAGGACAUUUGGGGCCCUCCCAUCCAUGGGGACUGCAUCUCUGCUGGGGUUUUGCCUGGCAGGGCUGGGCACAAGCAUCUCUCAGAGCUGGUGCUGCUGGGUUUUCCCAUUGGUUGCAGAUUGCCAGCUGCCUUCUAUCCAUAAGCUCACAGAGCCCCUGGAGCCCCACAUGGCCCUGAAGAAGGGGCCAGGAUGGAGUCUCUAUGGGGAUGACACAGGGCUGCUGUGAGCCUGCAAGACUGGGGCUGUCAAGGGGAGAAGCAUCCCCAGCCCUGAGCCCCCACCCAGCUGGAGCAUUGGAAGGUUUUUAUGACAUUCACCAUCCCGUCUCUCGUCACUCGGCACGGGUUCAUUGUUUCGAUUACAUUUCUAAUUAAACCUGGAAAUGAGUAA